ACCAUUAUAAACAGAAAUGGCGGUGAAAUUUGUGAUAGUUUUCCCGCUAAGUUUAACGAACAGCUUGGGAAGAAUAUUCAGUUCAAAUGGAAAAAUUAGAUAGAUUUAUUAAAUUGGGAACUGCCGGCGAAGGAACCUAUGGUGUUGUAUACAAAGCUAAAAACAAACUUACGGGUAAACAUGUAGCUCUAAAGCGCAUCAAGUUAGAAAAAUUUUAUAAUAAAGGAGAUUCUGAAGGGGUACCUUCUACAGCAAUCAGAGAAAUAUGUCUUCUAAAGAACUUGAAGCAUUCCUCGAUAGUUGAGUUAUUAGACGUUAUGUACAGCACAGAUAAAUUGUAUUUAGUUUUUGAAUUUCUUGAUCUGGAUUUGAAGAAAUACAUGGAUCGCUCAAAGGGGCCACUAAACAAGGAACUUAUUAGGAGUUAUAUGAAGCAACUGGUGGACGGAAUGGCCUACUUACAUACAAGAACUAUACUACACAGAGAUCUGAAACCACAAAAUUUGUUGAUAGACAAAGAGGGUCAUAUCAAAUUGGCCGAUUUUGGUUUGUCAAGGUCUUUUUCCCUUCCAACUAGAACAUAUACACAUGAAGUUGUUACAAUGUGGUAUAGGGCCCCCGAGUUGUUACUUGGUACGAAAAUUUAUUGCACAGGUGUGGACAUUUGGAGUUUAGGAUGUAUUCUAGCAGAAAUGAUACUGAAGAAAGCUCUAUUCCCGGGGGAUUCGGAGAUAGAUCAAAUCUAUAAAAUAUUCAGGAUAAUGGGUACUCCAACGGAAGACAUGUGGCCAGGAGUUUCUCUUUUUCCAGACUUCAAACCGUCGUUUCCUAAGUGGAAGCCAAAAGAUCUCAAGGAUUUGAUUGUAUUUCAAGAUCCUGAACAAGAAACUCUGCUGAAGAGUAUGCUAGUUUACAAUCCUACCCAGAGAAAAACUGCAAAGGAAUUGACCAGAAGUCCAUACCUAAGAAAAGCCAAAUUGACUGCUCCAAAUAUGGAUGCUUUCCCUGCAGAAGAAGAUACAGAAGACUGAGGAUAUUUAUAAAUUGUUCACUUGUUUAAUUUAUGAUGUUAUUUUUUAAUAAAAAAAUUUUCAUGUUA